AUGGCUCCCACCCGCUCUCAACUGCUCGCCUCGGCGCAAGGUCUCUGCGGUGCAUUCGCACGCAAGGCUUCCCUCGACGAGCUCCUGUCGCACUUUUCCACCACCCACCAGGUCACCGCUCUCGAGCACGGGGAACCCCUCCUCGCGCCCUUCCUCGGCCGACCGUUCACUGGGCUCAGGGGCCCGGGCUCGGUGUCCGAGUAUUUUGGUAUCCUGCAGCAGUGCCUCACGUAUGACGACAUGUCCUUUGGUGAAUGGGUGGUCGACCCCGAGGCGCAGAAAGUCUGCGUGAAAGGCAGUGCACGCUUUACGUGGACCGAAGGCCGCGGGAAGGGCCAGUCGUGGGAUGAGAAGUUCAUUUAUAUGCUGGACUUUGACGAUGAAGGCAAGAUCACCGACUAUAAGGUGUGGGCUGAUUCAGGCGCAGCGUACUUGGCUAGACGUGGCGAACUGGACAGCUUGCGGAAGAAUUAUCAGCAAUCCCAGCUUUGA